AUGCUGCGCAUGGACCAGCUGCGCACGGACCAACGCGCACAGCCUGCCCUUAUCUCCCCAUCACGCGCACCUCCCCUUCCUCCCCCCCUCCUCACCGUGGCUGACGAAUUCUUCGACUGCUCUCGACUUGAGCACGCCUUCGACACCCAGGAGCAGGUCGACGUCUCUCACGACGACCCAGACCGCAACGGCAACCUAGCCCCUUUCUUCAGCUGUGAUCGGCAACCGUGCCCUAAUCGAACCCCACAGUCCAUCACCACCAACGAAGACGAAGGGCGCUACGUGCCAAUCCGACGAGUCCAACACCCCAGCGGCCCUGCACUCCGAUACGCUGGCACCUCGAGGUCUACAUCUCGCCACGUCACUCCCGUCCCAUCCCGACCUGCCUCGCCAGGCACCCGCAUUCCCCAACCUUUCGCCAUCGCACAGCCUUCAGCGACCCCUCAAGCGAUCCCCCAGCCCUCCCUGGGGCCGCGGCUGGAAAGGCCUCCCAAGACCGAGCCCCGCGACACUCCGCCGCAUUCUUGGGCCAGCUCGUCGUCAGCGGUCACCGCCUCGACUCCAGUCCCUGUCCUACGUGACCCCGCCUCCGGGCUUCCUCAACCGGCUUCACCGCCGUCGCCGCCGCGAGGCCGCUCGAGCACUCGUUCCCCGAGAAGUCCGCCCGGUGGACAGUCACAACAGUCGCCUUCGUCCGCGGGCAGUCCUUCGUCCCCCUCGUCGCCGAUAAUGUCCUCUCCCGCUGCCGUCCCUGAUAAGGAGACGUUGAAGCUCCUCCUCCCGCUCCGCUACGAUGGCAAGACCGUCAUCGAGUGCAACCGGUUCCUGUCGCAGCUGCGCAUCUACUGGUUGUGUCGUGACUUAGGGUCGAGCGACAGGGGAAAACCAAAUGCUGGGGGUGUUCGACUUAUCUUACCGAAGCGAUGGUGA